GACGUAAAAGUAUAUAAAACAACACUGUUAGCUAACUGACAGGUGAGCUGGGUUUAAUAAUGUGCUGACUGUCACUCUGAAGGUGCUGACUCUCCUCUGUGGAUCCCCUCAGCAGCCCUGAACUUCCUCAUGUAUCACAAAGGCACAGAUUAAAAACAAAGCUCUCCCUCUCUAUCUCUCUUUUCUCCCCUCCCUCCUCUCUUCUUCUUCUUCUUCCUCUUUUCUGCGGCAGAUUCAGUGUGUCAGAGAGAGAGGCUGAAGAGGAGGGAAAAAGCACAGACUAUUUGCACGGAGCUGAGUGUGUGUUUAUGUUUGUAUGUCUCUCCAUUGGUCGGCCGGGUGAAGGGGCACCAGGAGGAGAGUAAGAGGAAGGGAAAGAGGAGGAGGAGGAGGAGGAAGAAGAGGGAAGCCUGCCUGGAUGAGAUUGUCGGUGUCAUGUCACUACGUAUGGACCUUGACUGAUCACAGGGUGAAGAAAAGAGAAAGAGACACUGAGAGGAGGUGGAGUAAUUGAGACUUUUACUGUGAGAAGAAGAAGAAGGAGGAGGAGGAGGAGGAGGUGAAGUCUCGUUUUAUCAUGACAUUAUUGGGAGAACGAAGCGACGGAUUGAGCGCUCUUCAGUUGUGUGUCAACAGGAAUUCGCCCUAGAAAAGAAGAGGAGGAAAACACAAGACUCUGGAAGUAGACUGCUGCUUUCCACCCAGCUAAGGAGCAGGACUUACUGAGAGUGUGUGUUAGUGUGUGUGUAACCGGUGGAGGGCAGAGGAGUGGAGGGCCAGGGGACGAACCUGGCCAUCAAACGAACUGGCAGCCUCUCCUCUCCUGGGAUCAUGUACCCUCAGGGCAGGCAUCCGGUUCCCUUACAACCCGGCCAGUCUUUCAAGUUCACCGUCCUGGAAACCCUGGACCGCAUCAAGGAGGAAUUCCAGUUCCUCCAGGCGCAGUAUCACAGCCUGAAACUGGAGUGUGAGAAGCUGGCCAGUGAGAAGACGGAGAUGCAGAGGCACUACAUCAUGUACUACGAGAUGUCCUACGGCCUCAACAUCGAGAUGCACAAACAGGCGGAGAUCGUGAAGCGUCUCAGUGCCAUCUGCGCUCAGAUCAUCCCGUUCCUCUCUCAAGAGCACCAGCAACAGGUGGUCCAAGCAGUGGAGAGGGCCAAGCAGGUCACAAUGGCUGAACUGAACGCCAUCAUCGGGCAGCAGCAGCUCCAGCACCUGUCUCACCACGCCCCCGGCAUCCCCCUCACGCCUCACCCGUCAGGCCUCUCCCUGGGGGCGGGGGGCUCAGGGCUUCUGGCGCUCACCGGCGCCCUGGGGGUCUCAGCCCACCUCGCCUCCAAAGACGAGCGAAACCACCUCGACCCCGAACAUCUCAGAGAGGGAGCGCCCAGCAGGAGUAAGUCAGUGUCAUCGACAGACAGUCAGCCCAAUGACGAGCGGCAGGGCCCAUCAGGAGGCUACUCCUCCUCGCAGGGAGGAGCCGAGGCGAAGAGGAGGCGCUGUGACGACAAGGAGCCCCUCCCACCACACUCCUAUGACAGUGACGGAGACAAGAGUGAAGACAAUCUCGUAGUGGACGUCUCCAAUGAAGAGCCGAACUCUCCUGCGGGCAGCCCUCCUCACUCCCCCCACGGGAACGGGUUGGAUCGGGCUCCGACUCUGAGGAAAGAGCUGCCGGGUUCCUCCAGCGCCGGAGAGGCCCCCUCCACCCCAAACCCUCGCAGCCCGACCCCGGGGAAGUCCAAGGACUCUGCACAGAUGGAUAAAUCCCAGUCUCCGUUGUCCAAGUCUGGCACCCCUUCCCCGUCCCACCGCGAGGCCCUCACCCCCGGAGCUCCAGGAGCCCCGGGUCCCAGCACCUCCUGCCUGCGUCUGGUCAGCAAAGCAGCAUCCAGUGCAGACCCUCUAGCUCUCCGCAGUCCCUUGUCUGUGCCCCCCGGUUCAUACCCGGCUCAUUUUGGAGUGGUGUCCCACGCAGGACUGAACGGAGAGCUGGCCAGCCCAGGAGGCUUCGGAGGAGCUCUGACUCUCUCUCCACAAAUCAGUGCUGCAGCCAACGCCUACUCCCGCAGCCCCAUGGUGGCGUAUGACUCUCGGUCUCAUCUGAGGGCGCCAGGUCUCUCCUCUUCUCUGCCCGGCUCCUCCGGUGGCAAGCCCGCCUACUCGUUCCAUGUGAGCGCAGACGGCCAGAUGCAGCCGGUUCCCUUCCCCCCCGACGCCCUGCUGGGCCCAGGGAUCCCUCGCCACGCCCGUCAGAUCCACACCCUGAACCACGGGGAGGUGGUAUGUGCCGUCACCAUCAGCACCUCCACGCGCCACGUCUACACCGGAGGCAAGGGCUGCGUCAAGGUGUGGGACAUCAGCCAGCCGGGGAGCAAGAGCCCCAUGGCCCAGCUGGACUGCCUGAACCGGGACAACUACAUCCGCUCCUGUAAAAUCCUCCCUGACGGACGGACUUUGAUCGUGGGGGGUGAAGCCAGCACGCUGUCAAUCUGGGACUUGGCCACGCCCACUCCCCGCAUCAAGGCGGAGCUGACGUCGUCGGCGCCCGCCUGCUACGCUCUGGCCAUCUCCCCCGACAACAAGGUCUGCUUCUCCUGCUGUAGCGACGGCAACAUCGUGGUCUGGGACCUUCACAACCAGACGCUGGUCAGGCAGUUCCAGGGCCACACGGACGGAGCGAGCUGCAUCGACAUCUCCAACGACGGCACCAAGCUGUGGACGGGGGGGCUGGACAACACGGUGCGCUGCUGGGACCUCCGGGAGGGACGCCAGCUCCAGCAGCACGACUUCACCUCGCAGAUCUUCUCUCUGGGUUACUGUCCGACAGGCGAGUGGCUGGCUGUGGGGAUGGAGAGCAGUAACGUGGAAGUCCUGCACGUUUCCAAACCUGACAAGUACCAGCUGCACCUCCACGAGAGCUGCGUUCUCUCUCUCAAGUUUGCCUCUUGUGGCAAGUGGUUCGUGAGCACAGGAAAAGACAAUCUGCUGAAUGCAUGGAGGACACCGUAUGGAGCGAGUAUCUUCCAGUCCAAGGAGUCCUCGUCCGUGCUGAGCUGUGACGUCUCCCCGGACGAUAAGUACAUAGUGACGGGCUCCGGGGACAAGAAGGCCACGGUGUACGAGGUGGUGUACUGAGGACGAGACGGGAGGAGACAGGACGGAGAUUUUGCUUUUUGUUUUGAGCAACUGCAUCACCUUCGUCUCUGAGACCUCCUGACCUGAACCCCUUAUACAUCCCUCCCCCCUUCCCCCCUUAUUUCCUGUGAUAUAAGCUACUAUGGAAGAUCCCAAAUGCCUCCCCCCUCCUCCCCUUCUUCCACUUUUAGCCCAAGGAUGCGGCAUGAUAGCAGAGAGAGAGAGAAAAAGGGAAGCAGUGAGAUAAGAAAGGACAAAGAAAAAGGGCGGUGGAGCGUAAAGAUAAAGUCAGCAGGGAAAAGACAAGAGGGAGGAGAGAAAGCGAGAGAGGAAGAGGAAGGAGGGAGGGUAAUUAGGGCUGUUUCCUGAUUAAGAGCUCAGUGGAAGGGAGGCCCCCAGAGGAGCGGCAGCCAGGAGCCCUGAUACCACACAAUCGAUUCAUUAGCCAGACAGAGGAAGCCUUAAUGAGGCUGACGCCGCAGCCCGCGCUCCCCCAGAGAGGUGUCAGGAGCUGGGGAACGAUGACACUCCGAGAUCUGGGGGGUGGGGGGGAGAUAUACACAUAUACUGACAUGAAACACACACCUGCUCACACACAAAGGUGGGAGAAGUACUCAGGUCUUCUAAAAGUAGAAGUACCAGAAUGUAGGAAUACAAGUCCUGCAGUCAAUAAGUUACUCAAGUAAAAGUACUCGCAUCUAUAUAUACUUAAAGUACCAAAAGUAAAAGUACUCAUUGUGCAGAUUGGUCCUAUUGCAGAAUGAUAUACAAUUUAGGAUUUGAUAAUAAUUAGUUUAUCAAAAAAAGUGAAGUCCCUCAAGAUGGUACAGUACUCCAUGUACUUAGUUACUUUGAAAAAAACACACACACUGAUAAAACCCCUGAGGUAAGAGAGAGAAACCCACACACACACAGAGCACCCAAUUAAACAUUCACCGCAGCGCUCCCCCCCCCACCCCCCGUCUCUCUGCUUAAUAUCUAUUUUAUUUUGGUCUGACAAAGGCAGCGUCUAAUGAGCGGAGGAGUCUCCCCGGCCCGGAGACACAAACAGAGCAUCAGGCGAGCCGCUCCCUCUAAUUCCUCCGGAUUGUUCUCCUGACACCCGGCGCUGCUCUCCCUCUCAUUAACGGCCCCGUCAGCUCCGUGAAGUAGCAGCACGCCAGCGUCACUGUAAGGCAGACAAGAGGGCGAGUUAACCCCCCCCCCACGAUUAUCAUCAUCAUCAGCAGACUGAGCAGCGACUAAUCCCGAUCCUUUUCACGUUUUAUGCAACCAGUUGCUGUUUGUUUUUUUAUUUGCAAACCAGACGAGAGCUAUCGGUCAUUAUCCACACCUCCGCCUGCCUGCUGACGUUAAAUCUAAGCUAUUGAUUGCUUUAAUUGAGAUGCUAAACACUUUAAAGGAGAAGAUGGAUACUUCUGUCUUUUUAUCCGAGCCGAUAAGCGUUUUUCAAAAGAUUUAAAGCUGAUACUUAUUCCAGAUUUUUGCUCCUCCUUGUAUCAUAUUCCACACCGGCAGGCAAACUGUAUAUCAGAGCUUCUUUAGGACAUGCAUCACCACUGUGUAGACUAAACGGGCACAUUUCAAGCUUUUAUUAUAACUCAUUUAUUUCAGUAUUUUUUAUGAAUAGUGAUUGCUCGUCUUCUGUAAUCAUAUGUUUAUGUAUUGAGGUUGCCUACGAAUGUGUUUCGGGGGACGCACUCACACUCAUGGAGACAAAAUCAACACAGGCGGGGAAAUAUAUUUGAGUUUCUUUCCACUUCUUUCUCCUUUUUUAAAAUCAUUUGAUCCUUGGUGGUGGAGACGGACAGAGUCCUAUGUAAAGAUUAAAAAAUAAGAACCUCUGAUCCGUCUCCUGUUUCUGUUUCUGGUAGUGAAUGUGCUGUAGUCUGUUUUCAGUCCUUAUUGUGCAACUAAACCGUGUCUCUGUUGGGUCAGUGUACAGCAGAGCGAUUCAGAUUCAGCCAUUGAACACUUUUACUGCAUGCUUGUCGCCCCACUUGAUAAAACAAGACAACUCAGAUUUUUCUCAGUAAGAACAUUAAGUCUCACAGCCAGGGAUAUAUUUCACAGCAUAGUAUAUCCAUUUUAUUUAAUUGUGCAGACAUUUAGCAACAUUUGGUCAUGUUCCUCGCUACUAGGGAGCAUCAGUCCCUCCCUUUUCGGUGGACCACCAUGGGACCUUAUUUCAGAAAAAACUAUGUAUGUGGAGUCAAUGGAGAGAGAGAAAUUAUGUUUUGAUCCCGUUUGAAUUGUGCCAUGAAUUACAGAUAUGAUGUUUGUCAAUCUUAGAAAAUCAUUUCCAAGUCAAGGAAGUCACAGUUUGUCCCAAAACUGUUGAAAUAUAAGACUAUGAAAAUACUCAACCAGAAAUACCACAAAUCCAAGAGUGGCGUAAGUGAUGUCAUAACCUUUCCCCUCCACUAAAUAUAAGAGCUAUGAGGAUAACUUUAACAAGACGCCUGUGUGCUUUGUGCCAAGCUGUAGGCGUACCAGCAAUGAGUCUCCUCGUUGCUUGCUAGUUCAUCGAGCGGUUUCACACAAAAACAAGUGUUACUUCAAAGUUUUACGACUUGCAAAAUGAUCUUUUAAAUUGACAAACAUCAUAUGUGUAAUUCAUGGCACAAUUCAAACGGGGUCAAAAAAUAAUUGUCUCUCGCCAUUGCCUACCAUACAUAUUUUUUCCGAAAUAUGGUCCCAUGGGUCGGAGGUAGAAGGGAGGGACUUAGGCUCUCUAUGCAGGAAAGAAGGGGCUUCUACUAUGGCUGCUGUACCAGUGAAGAUAUCAUGUGUGCAGUUUAAUGUCUCUUAAACCCAAGCGUGUGCACUCCUCUGAUCGAUGCUGUAUAAAGGCCAUGCAUUUGGUGGUAUAGCGUGAACAUUUGAGACUCUUCUUUGACCGUCAGUAACGUCUCUCCCGCCCAGCCUGUGCUUUCUUUGUUCCAACAUUCAGUUUUACAAGUUUAGGUUUCUCUUUUCAAAAGCCAAGGAACUUCUUUUUUUUAUUUUUUUAACUGCACUGUGUCCUUUUCCCUCCUGAUGCGUUUCCCAUGUGCUGUUCAAGAAAUACUAUGUGUGAAAAAUAAACCAAACUUGUGUUGAGUGAC